GAAGAGAAGGACUCAUUCUUUUCCAUGUAUGGUUAUUUGGUCACCAGGCGGUACUUUGAGUCAGCCCCUGGUUUCGACCCGGACCUGUUUUGAAUCCGCAACAAAAAUGGCGACCACCAACAGUCGAUCAUGCCUCCAGUACCUACUGCACCUCGCGCAUGAUAAUUUGGACUUCAGGUUACCGGAGAUUAAAGCCUUGCUGGCUCUCAGAGGAAAACAGUUCCAGCCUAUUGAAAACUUCAAGGAAAAGGUUCGCAAGACAAAUUCUCCUUUCUGGUGUCUAGGUGGUUUGUCUGAGGAGGAUGUCCGCGGCAUCAUGGCCAGAUCUGUUUGUGCAAAGUCUGCUUUUGAGCUGUGGGGCCACGGACACACCCACAGUGAACUCAGAACAUCCCUCUUGAACUACCCGUCAGAGAACAUGUCACCGUUUAUGGAGAAACACUCAACUUACAGAAUCAAUGUCUACACCUUCAACAAGACUCUGGAGUUCGCUGACAGAAUCAAAAAGAUCGAUGCUUUGGAUUAUCUUCCAUUUGAAGGCACAGUGAGCCUGAAGAGCCCUCAGCACGUCUUCUGUUUGCUGGAAGAUUACGGAACAGACCCCAACGACAUCCCCGAUCAUCCAUACUACAUCUAUUUUGGCCGAUGGAUAGGGGAUGGACAGCGUGAACUGAUCCGCUCCCACAGCGUGAAGAACAGGCACUUCAUAGGAAACACCAGUAUGGAUGCUGGGCUCUCAUUCAUUAUGGCCAACCACGCUAAGGUCAAAGAGAACGAUGUCGUCUUUGACCCGUUUGUCGGCACAGGGAGCCUGUUGGUAGCAUGUUCCCAGUUUGGAGCCUACGUCUGUGGAUCAGAUAUUGAUUAUAACACUAUUCACGGCAAAGGUAGGUCAAGUCGGAAAAACCAGAAGUGGCGAGGACCUGACGAGAAUAUCAGAGCCAACCUGCGGCAGUACGGAACGGAGGACAUGUAUUUAGACGUCAUGGUGUCGGAUGCGUCCAAGCCUGUGUGGAGGGAGGCUGCUCUGUUUGACGCCAUCAUUACUGAUCCUCCGUACGGUAUCCGUGAGUCCACAAGGAGAACGGGUUCCCACAAAGACACUACCAAACCCCCUGACGGCUUCUACGUAGAGUCUCACGUACCCGUCUCACAGGCGUACCACCUGAGUGACAUCUUCACAGAUCUGUUAAACUUUUCCGCCCACCGCUUGGUCAUGGGCGGGAGGUUGGUCUAUUGGCUUCCUGUCUACAGACCAGACUACAGUGAGGAGAUGGUGCCUCUCCAUCCGUGCCUGCGGCUCAUCAGUAACAGUGAGCAGACGCUCUCCAGCCACACCUCACGACGCCUGAUCAGCAUGGAGAAGAUCAAGGAGCCAGAGGAGCAAGACAGUCUAGCUCUUGGAGCAGACCCGAGCUUAAGCCCCUACCAGGGACACAACGCCUUCAGAGAGAAGUAUUUCAGCGGAGUAAACAAGAGAAGUGGCAAGGAGGAAAACAAACCCGAGGUCAACGGAGAGUGAACGAGUCAGGUGGUAAAAAACAACUGGACGCGAUGAUCAGGACGUGCAUGUCGGUGGACUCAGAAGGGAAAAUUGUUAACUUAUUUGUUACUCUUUCUUAAUUUUUAAAAAAUCUUUUUCAACAUUUUGAUUAUGAUUCUUUUUAAGCCUCUCGUUAUUGCUCUGCAAAUAAACUGAAAAAAUACGAAU